UCCUAUCGUUCCCAGAACCAGUUUAUUAUGGCAGCCUUGUGGUUUUUGUCCUGCCUGGCACUUGUCAGUGCCGCACAGAGUUGCGGCGUCCCUUCGAUCCAGCCCGUCCUCACUGGCUACUCCCGCAUUGUCAACGGGGAGGAGGCAGUGCCCGGAUCAUGGCCGUGGCAGGUCUCCCUGCAGGAGAAGAGCGGGUGGCAUUUCUGCGGUGGGUCCCUUGUCAGCCAGCGCUGGGUGGUGACUGCUGCCCACUGUGGGGUGACGACUUCCAAUGUUGUGGUGCUUGGUGAACAUGACCGCAGCUCCUCUACGGAGAAAAUACAGAAGUUGGCUGUCGAGAAGGUCUUCACCCACCCAGAGUGGGACCCCGUGGCCAUCAACAACGACAUUGCCCUCAUCAAGCUGGCCACCCCUGCUGAGAUGACUGACACUGUGUCCCCCGUGUGCCUGACAGACACUGUUGACCACUUCAAGAGCGGAGACCUUUGUGCCACCUCCGGCUGGGGAAAGACACGCUACAAUGCUUUCACCACCCCCAACAAGCUUCAACAAACAGCCCUGCCCCUCCUGUCCAAUGAAGAAUGCAAGAAGUCCUGGGGCAGCAAAAUCUCUGACCUGAUGAUCUGCGCUGGUGCAGCCGGAUCUUCUUCCUGCAUGGGUGAUUCUGGCGGACCCCUUGUGUGCCAGGAAGGUGGCGUCUGGAAGUUGGUGGGCAUUGUGUCUUGGGGCAGCAGCCGCUGCUCAACCACCACCCCUGCUGUGUAUGCCCGCGUCAGCCGCCUCCGUGCCUGGGCUGACGAAACCAUGGCUAAUAACUGAACUUCCGGUGUCACGGGAUGAGGGGGAUCAAUAAAGGCUGUUCCUCCUUUGAGACUC